UCUUUGAUUCUUAAGUGAUUGCAUAUUGUUCUUCCUUUCUCUCUCCCCCCAGUGCACAAUUGGUACUUUGUUCUUUGCAUUGAAGAACACAAAAACAGAUUAUUAUCCAAUAUAGGGACUUUUUUUCUUUGCAUUGGAGAACAAAAUGAACAAAUGAUUACAUUUACCUGAUCUUAUAAAACAUCAUGGUGUAUGAACAAAUUAUUUGAUCUUGUAGGUUGUUGGAUUAUGUAUAAAGUAGAGGGCAACAAGAUGCACGAACUUGUGGCAUAUGAGUUAAUGUCCACCAAUGACGCGCCAGAAAGGGAUCCAAUGGAUUGGGUUGUUGAGGGAAGCAAUGAUGGUGGAUCGAGUUGGCACCUUUUGGAUAAACAAACUUCUCAGAUUUUUGAAGACCGUUUCCAGCGUAGAGCAUUUAAGGUUACAUCAGUAGGGCUCCUAUCCAAUGUUUUCAGGUUGAGGUUUUUGGCGGUUCGAGAUAUUCAAUCGACUUCACGGCUCCAAGUUGGUAGCAUUGACCUAUAUGAAAGAAGCAGUUAAUGUGUAAAGACAGCAAUUUCCAGCUAAGUUGGCUGAUUUUUCCAAUUUUCUCCUUGAUUUGAUGCACUGCUUUUAUCACUCUAUGAUUGGGAAGUAAGAAAAACCAAGGCAAGUGAAUGAAGCAUCAAAAUGCUCUGUUGACGGCUGUAUUCAUCACUUCUUUUUCGCUCUCAAUUUGCAAUGUACUGUAAAGCAACUUGCCACAUGGUCUUUAUUUGUAUGUUAGAUGAGUAUAAAUGUAUAAUAUAGAAAUACGAGAAGAGCUUUUGACCGCAUGAUAUAUUUGCCAUUUGUUUAAUGGUGUGAUUUGAAUCCCUCUUGCUCGGCUUUGUCAACUUACUGUAGAACUCGGAAUAUUGUUUGAACGA